AGUUGUCUCGAAACUCUCGACUUAGCAAGUACGUUCGCAAGACGUCUUCUGAGAAGUAUCUGCGGGUUAGGUCCCGUCUCUCGAACAUCUCAAUGCUAGCUUCAGUGCACUCUUUAACUAGAUAUUAAACGUGGAUAGUGUGAGUCAUUCAGGAUUUCCUUUUCGCUUUAGAGACGCAUCCGCUAAAUACCUUUGUAAGGACUCUCCGGUAUCUUAUUUGGAUUUCGACUCAGUUUAGGUCCCAUUGGCGCGGCGUCGGUGGACAUUAAGUGCGUUGUGUGAAUUUGUGUGAAAGAAAGCCACCUGCCCGGAGGUAUUUUGUUGUUUCCUCGCCUCUAUCGCUUCCCUCUCGGAGUUCUGUUUCUUGGGUUGGUUGUUGUUGCUGUAUCUCUUACCUGUGGACGACCUCUCUGUGGUGUGUGUAACAGGUAGACGGCGACGACCGCAACGUCGACUCAGAGUCGAUGUUAACGAAAUACCAAACAAGAAUUUCUAAAGGUAAAAAUCUUAUAAGGUCGUGCAUAUUUCGUGUGUGAGCGAGAGGCAAAUAAAGAAAUUAAAGAAAAAAAUAUAAAAAUUCGAAAAAGUGAUAAUUGUUAACGAUAUAAUAAAAAAUUGAGUAAAAGCUGGUAAUAAAAAAUUGAGCAAGAAUUCGGAAAAAAGCUGAGUGAAUAGAAAAAAAUUUGUUUUAUGGUGAAAUAAAGUGGCCGCGUCCAUAGAAAUCGUAAUUCUCUGUUUACCUGCAGUCCAGGUGUGGUGACUCCGACAUCAGAUACUGUACAUACACUUCAUGGAAUUCGAUGUGUAAUACCAGCAACAACAAUAAGGAUUAAGCUCUCUCCUUUAUUACACACGCCUCUAUCGAAAUACACGCCUGUUUCUUCCGAUAUGGGUGCAUGAAUGAGCCAUUCACUUUUCCAAAUUUUUCUGGUGGAUAUUCAGACCUGGAAACGAAACUUCUUUAAGUUUUCUGAUUUGUUCGUGAGGUGCGGCGAUCAUUUGCGAUCGAAAAGCGUCAAUGAGCGGUUGUGAAACUCCGCGGUGAUAUCGCGAGGGUUAAUCUACAGAUUUAGUAGUACGAACACUAUCGAAUCGAAAUGGUGGCUUGAAAAAUUCUCACAGUGGGAGAGUGAAGUGAUAUAAGUUUUCAGGAGAAUAUGAGUGGUGGCAGUGCAGGUGAUCAACAGAAAAAGAAACCGGAUGAGAUGGGGUCCAAGGACGAGGUGGAUUUUAUCCGGCGCGACCCCAAAGAGUUGUCCAAUGGCACCUUCCAGUGUCCAAUCACUAACAGGAAAUGCAUUAGUGGACCACUCUACGGUGAUUGUGAAAUUAAAACCAACAUCAAAUCUUCCCUGUCGACCUUGGAGAAAUUCUCCUUGUUCCGAUCUAAUUCCCGCAAGAAAUUGGAUAAAUCGGGAAAAUCGGAAAACUCAUCACCAAAGGAAAAACCAAAAUUUACGAAAAGUGCAUCAAUAGCUCGUCUUCUCGGCAACAACUACAGCAUGAGAAAGUCUGAAAGUGAGACCGCGGCGGAUAGUGUGAAUAGUGGUGGAUCUAGCUCGUCCACAGGAUGCAAUAGUGUAAAUAGUAAAAAUGAUGAUAAUUCUAGCGGUAAUUGUACGAGGGCGAAUAAUCGCGCGUUACACACAUUCGGUCCGCAGGAGCGCUUCCAGAAAUGUUCGAAACUUGAAGAAAUUUUCAGUGAUUUCAGUGAAAAGGAUAUUCAAAAUGUCAGUGAAAAAGAUAUAAGUGCAAAAGCUCUUCGUACGAUUUCCCGUGGUUUGGGGAAAUUGUGGUGGAAGAGAACGCAUAGUGUUAAUAUUAGUGCUCCGGAUCCGGAAUUUAAAGUAUCUUAUUUAGGAAAUGUGUUGACCGGAUGGGCUAAAGGUGACGGAUGCGUGGAGAAACCUUUAAGCUCACUUUGGAGAAAUUACACACAAAAUCAUAAGCCAGACAUUAUUAUGCGAAUGCGAGUAUGCGCUUCGGGGUUGAAGGCAACGACACGACAGCACGGGCUCACGGAAUACUGGGCUCAUAGGAUAACGCAUUGUUGUGCUCCGAAAAAUUAUCCAAGGCUCUUCUGUUGGGUCUACAGGCAUGAAGGACGAAAAAUGAAGCAUGAGAUGCGAUGUCAUGCUGUACUAUGCGCUAAGGAGUCAAUAGCAAAAGCGAUUUGCAAUACGCUUAGGGAAAAUCUGGAUCGUGCUUUAAGAGACUUCAAGCGUGAGAAAAUAUCCAAGCAGAAUGCACGUCUGAGCUUGGCGAAUGCUGUUUAUGAAAAUCCCAGUCUUCCUCGUCGCAAAAUCUUACUCAGCGUUGGAGGAAACAACUACAGACCACCCCUGGAAAGAUCUAAAUCUGCACCAAAACUAAUGGCUAUUGAGGAGGCUAUCGGAGAAGAAGGUGAAGAGGAGGAAACGAAUGAGCCAGAGAUGCCAUCGUGCUGUGUAAAGGACUCUCUAUACCCCGCGAUGACUCUGGGUCGGCGAAGGUGUCGACGAGGACAUUCAAUUCGAAGAACCGGAAAGUAUCCAUCGAAACCACAAAUGCCAAGCUUUGAAGCGGGGAUUGUGGAAACCAAAGAAACAAGUCCUGAAGAGGAGACUACAUCACCAGAAUUCCUGGAAUCACCUCAGUGUUGCGAAAGGCGAUGUGAAAUCACAGAUGUGGAAGAGGAACCAAGUAAAACUUUAAGUGAAUGUUGCAGAGCAAAAUCUGUAUCCAGUUUGGUUUCGGAAGAAGACGAGGUAGAUAAAUUACUAAGCAGGAACGACUAUGAUACCAAUUCCCCACUAUCAAAUGAAUUGCUCUCCUAUUUCGACAUGAAAAUGAGACCAAGGACCGCAAGUCUUACAAACUUGCAGGACAUAAACAUCAUGUUCGAGCCAACACCAACACCCAAUGACAAGGCUCGGCGGAGAGCUACCUUGAGUUUGGACAAUUUGGACAGCUAUAGUGAUGAAGAGAAUGAAGAUGAAUACGAUGACGAAGACGAGGAAAGUGAUGAUACUUACUUCCGCCAAACAGCAAUCCUAAACUUGCUCCAUAAUGAGUCUAUUCUCAAAUCGGGAGGAAUGUCUGCGGUCGGCGGGAACUCUGUUUCGGGCCCUCUUUUUGAUAGCGAUGAAGGGUCAAUUUCAAGCGGCUGCGAAACGGCAAGUACUGUAACAGCUAAUGUUGACGACAGCUCCUUGAGGUACAUACAAAGUCAGGACCAAGAAGCGCAGCAGCAACAGCCAAGUCGAACCCAAUGUCUAAGCGAGAAAGGAGCAGAACUUGUUUUCAAAGAGGGUGACCAAAAUCAAGAAAAGCUAAGUAUUCAGAGCAAUGUUCGACAAUCUACCGUCGCCUUCAAGUUACCAAACUCUAAUGCAAAGCAUUGUAACGGUAGGAGCCAUAAUCGCAAUCAAAGAAGCAAAGACGGAGAAGAAGUCUCUGACUCUGAGUUCAGCGACGAAUCGGGCUACGUGGAAUUCCAGGAUAACAUACUAUUACGUCACAAGAGUGUUGCUGUGUAAACUAUAAACCUAAUGUUAUCUUGGUUGAACGCUUUCACUGUAGGUGAUUAUUUUAGUUAACAUGGGCUCCAUUGUCGUAACACUCGAAAAUGGAGACUACCUAUUGAAAAACUCAUCUCAAUUGACCUAAAACUAUGAACUUAUGGCUCUAUGAUCUCAUACGAGAAAUAUGCAAAUGAAUUUAGGCACGUGAGACCAACUAAGUGAAGAGGACCAACUUCCAUACCAUAAUUGAGCAAGACGAGGCGAGUUGAGUUAAUAAGAAUUUUAAAUGACCAACAUUGAAUAUGUAUUAAAGUAUAUCGUGAAGAACGCAAGCGAAUAAUAAAUUGGAUAUUUGAUUGUUUGACGCGAGUGCGAGUAAAUAUUUUGAACCGUCCCAAUAAUGGUUACCGCAAACACUCAUAAAGUCCCCUGGCCCGUACACAUGAGCUCAUGUGAGACAAGUACAAACGAGGUUGCGAAAGAGGAGUAUCUUCACAGGAAUCUUAGUUCUAUAGUAAAAGGAGAUAGAAGGAAACUUCUAUUUUUGGAUAUUCAGUGUCAUCAGGUGGCAAUGUCCCGCUGGAUUGACCUUACAAUAAGAUUCUUAACAAAGUCAACAUUUUGCACCGCAAGUCAUUACAAGUAAAUUUUCAGAAUCGGUUUUCAUUAGAUAGUUCCGUCCCCAGUAAUAGACUAACCGUUACUCGUAGCCAAAGAGGAAACCAAUUUAGUAUUAAAAUAGAAAUUACUUAACACUGAACCAGCAGCAAGAAAGCGACCCCCAGGAGCCCUACAAGAUAUAUCAAACAGACAAACCCAUAUUUAUUUGGAAUUCCACGUUUACAGGAGCGAAAAAUUCAAAUUUUCCAGACAGGAUUUCAGCUCAGAUACUCAUCCAGUUUCGUGAAAAUGUUCACCUUAUUGGCGGUGAUCGAAAAUUUAGCAGAAAUGAUAGGACCCCCCUUAGAGAAUAUAACUUGUUGUCUACUAUUUACUUGUUCAUGUACUACAUAUCCAACUUGAGUCACAGAUAAUUAGAAUGUUGUAAUUAGUUCUAUUUAAUAAUUGUGUUGUUUAUAGCUGAGACGAACCCAUAAAACUAUUUACUUGCUAAACUUGGAUUACAUACUAUAAACUAAAUGCAAAUGUUAUUCGUUGUAAUUCGUGUUUAAUUCCAGAAAACUGGAAACAAGUUACACUUUCAAGUUGUAUUUAUUUGUUAAAUACUUGGUAAAGAGAGAAGCAAGCAAGUGUUGUGUUGACUAAAUUGUAUUUCUUUUUUAUUGAAAUUUAUUAUUGAUUAGAAAUGUAAUAGAUAAAUUACAUUGUAUGGUACACUAUUGUGUAGUUACUUGCAAGAGAUAUAAAUAAAAUUAUGUUGAAAUAAA